AGGUAUUCGCAGUUGUUUCACCAAACAUGGAGGCAAAGGCAUUUUACCCCAAGAAGGCUGCCGCAAAGAAAGUUACGAAUAAACGAAAGGUAAGAAAUCAGUUUUUGUAUAUUUGCGUUUAUUUUAAUAUUAAACAAUUUUGACUUGCUGUAGGCCUAUCGUCUACUUUCAGUUUGUGUUGUACUUGUGUCUUAACCAUACUGUACACUUCUCUACAGAAUUCUGGAAAGGAGAACAACCCUCUUCAAUCCUUGACCCCAAAAACUCGACUGGUAAAAAAGAAAUCGGCUGCAAUGAUCCAUCGCCGAAGCCCUGCUGUCCGCACAUCAAAAGAACAGCUUUCAGCCUUGACUCGAAGGCUUCUGGAUUUGGAGGCAAAAGUUGGUUUGUUGGAGGCACGUUUGAAUGAGAGGUCUCACCAGUCUCAUCCACCGACAGCUGAUCAAGCUACAGCUACAGACAUUUCGGUUUAUGUUCCUCCAACUCCGGUGGAAACUCAGACCGAAUGUCAACAGUCGAUCCUCAUCCAUCCGUCUGGUCAUGGGGACUUCAUUUCAACCAGCGGACAUUUGGACAAUGACGAUUUAGGGUUCCCAUCGAACGCGUCUACACCGUUUAUUGACCGCACUCGUCCUGCAGAUACAACGGGGGACUCGGCUCACUUAAACCACCAACUGUCAACAAAUUCGAUGCUUGAUUACAGUUCACCUCUUCAAGAAAAUCCAUCGUCUUCUCCUCUGUCCAGCACAUCUCAGCAUUGUCCUUCAGAAAUGUCGUCAUUUUGUUUGAGAUUGCCUGAAACACCAAGAAACUCUUCUUAUUUUCAGUCUCAUAAUCCUGUUCGACGGUCUCUCAUGGGAGUGGUUCUACAAGAUGUGACUUUAAAUCACGUGUCCCUGGAGGUCGAGAAACAACUUUACGUGGAUUCAGCAGGCUCAGACGGUGCACCUAAAGCAGAUCGAUUCGCUUGUGGUUUGUUUAAAAGGUUAAUUCCGUUUACCGUUUAUCAGGACUGGGUAGGUUCUGUGAAUUAUGAUGGUUCGAAGGGGAAAAACGCUCUGCCUUGGAAUCUACGUCAAGCCAUUUCCGAUGCUGUUGCUAGGAAAUUUCACCCAACACCGCGUGACUGGAAGCUUAUAAGAGACAGAAUUAACGAACUCCUGCGAAAGAAGAGAUUAAGUUUUCCACUUUUUUAAACGCCAUACUGUAAAUAUUUUUAAACUUUUGUGUAUUGUAGAGUGUU